GUCUGCUUUGUGGAAGAUGAGCGCUCCCCGAGCUCGAGCAUCGGCGCUCGCCAUGACCUCUCGCCCACCGUCAUACCGAUCCUCAUGUUCCAAAUUCGCACACCUCCCGCCGCCGCGCCCACGAUCAAUACAAGCAUGCGUGCCUUUGCAACGGCGGCAUCAGUCGUCGGUCGCCGCUGCCAUCCAGACGGCCAAGCACAUGUUCAGCAAUGCCGCGCCUUCACCAAUCGGCAUUGAUCCUCUGCAGAGUGUCGCCAAAGAGCUCAAGUUCUUGACGGGAAACAUCCAGCAAUUACUCGGCUCUGGCCACCCCAUGCUGGAUACUGUCGCCAAAUACUACACCCAGUCAGAGGGCAAGUACGUGCGACCCAUGCUGGUCCUGCUCAUGUCACAAGCCACCGCCUUGACUGUCAAGCAAGACCGAUCAACUCCCGCCGCCCUCGAUGUCGACUCGCCCAUGUCACCCUCAGCCGUCCUCGCCGAUGCCAACCCCUCGUCCCCUCUGACCUCUCCACCCGCUGUCGAGGACACCUCAGACACCUCUGUCCUUCCUUCGCAACGUCGCCUCGCCGAAAUCACCGAACUCAUCCACACUGCCUCUCUCCUCCACGACGAUGUCAUUGACAACUCCGUCUCACGCCGUUCUGCUCCUUCUGCCAACAUCCAGUUUGGUAACAAGAUGGCCGUUCUUGCUGGCGAUUUCAUGCUCGGCCGUGCCUCCGUUGCUCUCGCCCGUUUGAGAGACCCCGAAGUCACUGAGCUUCUCGCUACCGUCAUCGCCAACUUGAUUGAGGGUGAAUUCAUGCAGCUGCGCAACACUGCCUCGGAUGAGAAGCACCCUGCAUACAGCCAAGAGACAAUGGAAUACUAUCUGCAAAAGACUUACCUCAAGUCGGCUUCGCUUAUCAGCAAGUCAACGAGAGCCGCUGCAAUCUUGGGUAACUGCUCUCCAGAUGUUGUAGAAGCUGCCUACAGCUACGGAAAGAACCUUGGUCUGGCCUUCCAGCUUGUUGACGAUAUGCUGGAUUACACCGUCAGCGGAGCCGAGCUCGGCAAGCCUGCUGGUGCCGACCUGGAAUUAGGUCUGGCUACCGCCCCUCUGCUUUUCGCAUGGAAAGACAACAAGGAGCUUGGUACCCUUGUCGGCAGACGAUUUGCCGAGCAGGGCGACGUGCAAAAAGCACACGACCUCGUCAUCAAGAGCAACGGCAUCGAGCAGACUCGCGCCAUGGCUGAAGACUAUAUCAACAAGGCUCGUGAAGCCAUCGCUUUCUUCCCCGAGAGCCAGGCCAAGGCCGGCCUCCUGGACAUGUGUACAAAAGUUUUGCAGAGGAGAAAGUAGGCGUAUAUAUAAACAUCUCCUCUUUGUAUAUUAUAUGGGACUGAAAAAAGAGCAAUGUACUUUUACCCAUCUCUCUAUCUUCUCGAAAGCAUCUCCACGUGAGGCACAGUCUUUAUUUCCGGCUUACGAGGCCUCCCUGGGGAUAGACUGAACUCUCUGGACUCUGGAGUCUUUAUCUAGGUACUGCCGAAAGGGCCGAUUGAGAUGGCCGAACCGGAUACGCACUUGGAUACAGUAUCCUGGUUAUUAGCCAUGAUCCAACAGAAGCCUCAAGAUGCCACGCCAGGAUAUCCCCAAUGAGGACACGGCCUUAAACCACAGAUGUCAG